AUGGCCCCGCCGCUCCGCCUGCCGCUGCUGAUGCUGCCGGCGCUGCUGCCGAUGCUGCUGAUGCCGCCGGCCCGAGGUGCCACUGCUGGGCUGGCAGAAACGCUCGCCCACAUCGAAAAGUACGAGACGGUGACGCCGCGAGAGGUGCCAGUGCCCCGGAGAAAGAGGGACCUCUCUGCACCUCGGAGCACGUACCCGGACCGUGUCCUCUACAGCGUCCGUGCCGAAGGCAGGGAAUACCUCCUGUGGCUGGAGAAGAACAGGGCGCUGCUGGGGCAGCACUACACCGAGACACACUACUCUGCCGACGGCACGGAGGUCACCGAGCGGCCCGACACUCAGGAUCACUGCUUCUACCAGGGCCACGUGCGGGGCCACGCCGGCUCGGCAGCGAGCAUCAGCACCUGCCGCGGGCUCAGAGGGUUUUUCCGGGUGAACGAGACCACGUUCCUGCUGGAGCCUCUGGAGGGGGCCGUGUCGGGCCGGCACGCUCUGUACCGAGCCGCUCACCUGCGGGAGAAGCGCCGCGCCUGCCGCGAGUCCGGGGACACCCUGGAGUACGACCGCGAGCCGAAAAUCCCUGCAGCCAUGAAGCUCUACCACUGGAAGUCGGGUCCGAUACACAAAGGUCCCCGGUACGUGGAGCUGGUCCUUGUUGCUGAUAAUGAGGAGUUCAGGAAGCACAAGGACCUGCGCACGGUGCAGAACCGCAUGAAGGAAAUCGUGAACCACGUGGACAAGCUCUAUCAGCCUCUCCGCCUGCGGGUGGCCCUGAUCGGCUUGGAGGUGUGGAACCACAAGGACAAAAUCACAGUCAGCCCCAACCCAGAGGUGACGCUGGACAACUUCCUGCACUGGCGGGAGUCGGAGCUGCUGCGGAGGAAGCCGCACGACAAUGCCCAGCUGAUCACGGGAAUCGACUUCCACGGCAAAACCGUGGGGCUGGCCAAGAAGCUGGUGAUGUGCACCAGGGACUCAGGCGCUGUCAGCCAGGACCACAGCACCAACCCCAUCGGUGCCGCGUCCACCAUGGCUCACGAGAUGGGGCACAACCUGGGCAUGUCCCACGACGAAGAUGUUCCCGGCUGCCACUGCCCCCUCCCCAAGGCUGACGGAGGAUGUGUCAUGGCAGGGAGCGUUGGCCUGGUUUACCCGAAGCUGUUCAGCCGCUGCAGCGAGCAGGACAUGUGGCAGUUCCUUGGGGAUCCCCGGACCAGCUGCCUGCUGAACGCCCCCAGGGCAGACGAGCUGUACGGGGGGCCCGUGUGCGGGAACCAGUUUGUGGAGCGGGGAGAGCAGUGUGACUGCGGCACACCCGAGGAGUGCUUGGACCGCUGCUGCAAUGCCUCCACCUGCCAGCUGAGAGAGGGAGCUGAGUGUGCCCAGGGGGAAUGCUGCCAGGACUGCAAGGUGAAGGCUGCAGGUGUGCUCUGCCGGGCCAGCAAGAACGACUGCGACCUGCCCGAGCACUGCACCGGCCUCAGUGCCGAGUGCCCUGAGGACGUGUUCCAGGAGAACGGCAUCUCCUGCCAGAACGGCAACGGAUACUGCUACAACGGGGGCUGCCCCUCGCACGGCGAGCAGUGCCGGGCGCUCUGGGGUGCAGAGGCCCAGGUGGCUCCCGAUGUCUGCUUUAAGCACAACAGCGAGCAUCACCUCCACCUGCACUGCCUCACCGAGUACGGGAAGCGGCCCUGCAGCCCCAAGGAUGUGAAGUGCGGGACGCUGCUGUGCCUCAGCGACAACUCCAAGCCCAUCCUCGGCAGCGGCUACUUCUCCUUCGGCCACUACUCCUUCGGCCGCUUCAACUGCAAGGCGGUCAUCGCCGACGGCGAGGUGGCCGCCGAGCUCAGGCUGGUGCCCACCGGCGCCAAGUGCGGGAACGAGAUGGUCUGCUAUGCCGGGCGCUGCCAGAGCCUGCUGGUCUACGGCGACAAGAACUGCUCGGCCAAGUGCAACAACCACGGGGUGUGCAACCACCGGCGGGAAUGUCACUGCGACCCGGGCUGGGCAGCGCCCUACUGCGAGCAGGAGAUUUCAGGGAUAGCCCCAGGGAGCAGCAGCGUGGUCCUGGCGGCCGUGCUGGCCGUGCUGGCACUGGCCAGCGUCCUGCUGGCCGGCGGCGUGGUGCUCCUCAGAGCCAGGAGCUUCCAGAAAGGCCACGUUGUCCCUGUGCCCCACAGGAGCUCUGCCACAGGCCUCGCCAACCCGCUGUUCCAGGAGGGCGGCCGGGCACGGCCCCCCCGGCGGCUGCUGUCCCGCCAGGACAUCGGCCAGCCCAGCCUGGUCAGCAGCACGGUGGCCCCGCGGGCGGCCCGGGCCCUGGAGCCCCGCUCGCCCAGCCCCGUGCUGACCCUGCGGUCACCCGUCCCGCAGGGGACACCUCCGGCCUCUCCGAGACGGCCCCCGCAGGUAACCCCCCCCCGAGGCGGCCCCCAGCCCUACGUGCGUGGGGUGGCUCUGGGGGGCCCUUCCUCUGCCCCCUGCCCCUCUCCGGGUGCCCCCGGAGCCCAGGUGAGGGACUCGGGUGUCUCCUCCCGACAGGCGAAGCCGAAGCCGCCCCGCAAACCUCUCCCGGCGCUGAAGGGCAGGGCGCUGUGCCACGGCCAGGGGACACCGGGACCGGCCCUCCCACCCACACCCCCCUCGGCCUUUCAGCGGGGCGUCCCCCCAAAGGUGGCCCUGAAGCCGCCCCCAGCCCGGAGGUGA